AAAUGUUUUAAAAGUCACCUUCUGCUCCCGAUUAUCGCCAAGCGGAAAACAUACACCCUGUUUAAAAUCCAUAGCGACAAAACAAUUUGGAAAAAUAUAUAUUUAGAAGAUAAAGAACAAUUAACAGGUCAACAGCUGACCGUCGAAGGUCUUCAGGCAGCUUAACCCGCACGUACACUGGUUACCUGAAACACUGCUAAACAACCAGCUUGUAAAAUUCUCCUUGGUUGUCUUCUUUCAUUUCUCACUGUGAUGGUAGAGAGAGUUUGAUGCUGCAUCAAGGAAAAUUCCCUUUGUGACUAACCAGCUUUGCUCUCGUGGUACCAGCGAUGCGUGAAAGGGGUGCGAACUCGAGAAAGUCAUGCGGCAAAAGUAAACAACGUCUCUGUAGUUUGAAACGUUUAAAACGCUUUGCAGAUAAAAUAAAAUAGAAGCAUUAUAGUACAGACCACGUGGGUAAGUUAUUCAAAUACAGACUGUAUAGAUGGAAACAGCGAAAAACUCCCAUAAACUUUCAUUCUUUCUUUCGUUAGCUGUCCCUCUAAAUUGACUUACUGUCAACCGAAAUUAAACCGACCUAAAUAUAGGGAAGUUAUUAUAACUUGGAGUGGUCUGCAAUUAUUGGCUGAGUCGAGCUACAGAUGAUCUCGGGCAAAACAUAACUUUUUUAUCUAUCGCAAAAUAAACAUUGUACUGUCUAGAAUUUUCCACUCGGUAAACCGCAGUUCAUAGCUGUACCAACUCAGAUCGGCAUUACAGUACGUCAGAAGUCCCAUUGGCUUUGUCAAGUCUUUGGAGCAGCCAUGGUGAAGUUACUGCUAGUAAUCGGAGCUGUCCUUGCGGUGACCGUUAGUCGCACGGAUGGAACAGUAACACUGCCAACUAAUACACUCAAAGCCCAGCAAGGUAGAGACAUUCCUUUUCAAUGUGUGGUAACGGGAGAAAGCUUUGUGGCUUGGGUAACACCAGCCAAACCAGCACGACCAGGAAAACCUGCUAUACCAAGCGUUAGAAUUCCAGCUUCUCAAACAACACCUGUAAACAGGAGAAAAAUCUCAGUGUCUGGAGACACUUAUGAACUUACCAUAGAGGAUCUGAUAGUUGAUGAUGGUGGCGAGUACAUCUGUGAAGGAUCAGUUGAGAGUAAAGUUUUCACUCUUCAAGUUGACUUUGAAACAUCACAAGUUGUUACAAAACAAGAAUUGCAUCUUGGUCGACCAGGAACAAUAACACUGGAUGUAUCUGCAUAUCCACCACUAACAUAUGACUGGAGAAAAGACGGACAAAAACUGGAAUUCCCUAUGGCAGGCAAAACACUUGACCCAUACACUGGCUCUAUUUCCAUUGACAAUGUCCAAGAAGCUGAUGAAGGAAACUACACGUGCACAGUGAAAUUUGGUACAGCAGACACUGUUGAGAUUGAAGUCACAACUAUAGAUGAGCCCAAAAUACGAAAGUACCCAGGGGGCAUAGUCUAUCGUAGACUAACACAGGGUAACAAUGCUACAUUUCAUUGUGAUGUCGAGUCUGGACAUCCAAAGCCAGAAAUCACUUGGUAUUUUGGGUGGACAGAUACACUGAAAAAAGUUGACCCACUCUAUGAUGCAAGAUUUACACAUCCAACUGAUGAAACAUGGCUUAUUACUGGAGUUCAGACAACAGACAAAGGCAAAUAUAGGUGCAUAGCUAAAAACAAAGCUGGAGAAGAUGACCUGAGGUUUGAGAUUACACAUGUUGAUGUUCCACCGACAAUCGAUCCAAUGACAGACAUAAUAGCAAAUGCUGGUGAUAAAGUGGACUUGGAAUGCGUUGCCGCAGGAGUGCCAACUCCUAAUGUGGAAUGGUACUAUGGUGGAAGUUACUACACUGGACAAAAGGAUCAGAUCCAACGCGGUGAAAAGAGAGUUCGACAAAUAUCAUUUGCAAAUGUCAACUUGGUAAACACUGGAGAAUACACUUGCCAGGCAAGAAAUGGUGCCCUUGAUGGAAAUGGUGAUGUUAUCGAGGUUAAGAAAACAAUUAACCUCUUUGUGAGAUCUCCACCCCAGAUUAAUGAGGAAGCAUCCCCUACGCCAGUAUACUCUUUUGUGGGAAACAGGAAAUCUGUUGAUGUCACAUGUACCUUUUUUGGAUACCCAGUGCCAACAGUGAUCAUGAGAGAUGAAAAUGGUACCGAGAUUGCACAAGGAAACAGCACAGUAUCCUAUACCAUCAGUUAUACAACCAAAGAUGACUUUGGAACAUUUAACUGUACUGCAGAGAGCCCAGAUGGCAUGGCACAAUAUUUGGUUGAGUUACGAAAAGCAGUGCCGCCUGGGCCACCCCGUGAUGUGACUACAAACAAGACUUGUAAAGAAAUCACUCUUAUGUGGAAGCGUCCAUUCGAUAAUGGUGGCAUGGAAAUUGCCAGUUAUAUCAUAACAGUACUUUCUGAGGGUAACAAACUGUACACAGAAAAUGUUGGUGGAUUUACAGUUGAACAUAACAUUGGCUACAGCUUUACCCCAAAGACAAAAUAUGAAAUACGAGUCCAGGCACGCAAUGAAGUUGGACCUGGAGCUGAAGAGCAAUUGUUUGUAGAAACUGAUGAGUUCUGUGUGCCUGGAAAACCACGUAUCACCAACACAGAGCUUGAGGUUGAUGUUGAGGACUUCAUUGUAACGUGGUCUGCACCACUGUACAAUGGGGGUGAUGAUAACUUAAAGUACAGACUGGAAUGGAGGAUGAAACCAAUUACAGACGACACUGAAGAAGGCAUAGAAGAUAACAUUGCUGAGACCCAGUUCAAGAUAACUGGCCUUGAGCAUAGUGAAGAGUAUGAGGUCAAACUCUUCAGCAUCAACCAACAAGGACUCAGUGAGGCUGAUAUCAAGACUUUCAAAACAAAGCCCAAUCCUGUUCCUUCAAGCACGCCUCCUUCUAAAACCACUACUUCGGUGAAGGUUUCUGAAUUGUACACUACUGCAGCAUCUUCAGGGAAAGCAACUGUCUUAACUACACCUUCAGCAAUUGACCCCAAAGUAGGAGCUCGUACCGCGGGACUUGGAUCGGGCGCCAUCGCUGGGAUUGUAAUCGCCGUUAUUCUAAUCGUCUUGAUCACGAUCGAUUUAUUCUGCUGCUUCUUCAACUCUUGCGGCAUCAUCUUCUGUUGUCACCGGGCCAUUUGCGGUGUGGAAGGUGGAGUGACGGGAGGAAAAGAUGAUUACAAGGAUGGUAAAGCCACGGAGAUGGAGAAAAAACCAUUGCCUGAAAAUGUGUAGCUGUUGAGUCUGCAUUUGUGCAUAUCAGCGGGAAUCUCCAAGGCGGUCAAACAGACGAAACUACCGUCAAAAGACUACUUUCGAGUUUAUUAACUUCGUUACUUCAGUAAAAAGUUAAUUAGUGUCAUUUAAAAAUGGAAGAUAUCGCUGUGGACAUUUUGAGGAACAUAAUCAUGGUCAACAACCAUUUUAGUGUUUGAUAAUAUAUUUUUGUGCUUUAGCGGCUGUGAUUUUGCAGUUGCAUAGAAUGCAUUCAGUUCUUGGGUAAAUUUCUAAACAUUCUUUUAAGAUUUUUGCAAUAACUUCGACAGUCUUUCAAUGAAAUUCAUUUCCCUCUAUCUCAGUACCCUGUACUCCUUCUAGAGCUUUUUGAAAACACCUUAACUUUCUACUGAACUACAUUCGUUCAUCGAAACAGGUAUUUCCGUUCAGGCGAAAGAGUUGUCUCUUCUCUCUAUAAAAUAUUCUUCAUACCUAUCCUCCUUUUAAUAUUUUGUGCAUCACAACUGAAAAAAACACUGUUUGCUGAAAGGACUUGUAGUACGAUAAUGCACCAAGUAAUUUUUAAUAAACGAAACUUAAAAGGACAUAAAGCCAAUAGUUAGAUUAAAGGAGCUGAGAAACAGACACUUAUCGGAGUACAAAUGAUUAAGAUGUAGCGAAAAUUUAAAUCGGAUUACUUUAACCGAAAAUGUUUUUACUGCGAAUACAGUUUUCCUGGCAGGAUGUAAAUAUUAUUUUUUAGCGUUCUUCAAGCAUACCAAUCUCGUCUCGACAAGUGUUUGUGCGAUCCAUUUUAAUUGUCAAUCAAAGCUGCAAUUUGGGAUUGUUGUGCUACAAGUUCUUUACGCCGGGGAAGCAGUUUUUCAAUGAUCGUCUGGCUAAAUCACAGCGCCAGUUUCAAAAAGAAGUAAACUUGGGCAACACGUUAAAAGCGCGGGAAAAUCCCGUAAAACACUUACAUCACGAUUUUGUUUUUUCAGUUGAUUGGCUGAGAAGACAGCACUUCUUUUCUGAUUAGUUAGGGCACAUGGCGUGAGCCCGUCCGUAAACCAAUCAAAACGCUGAAAAUUACAGUCACUUCUUACCUUUUUGGAAUAUUUUGAUAACUCUUCGUGUCUAAACGAAAGGCUCUAAGACAGGGAACUUCAUUUACUAAACAGGCAAACGUAAAAGGUUUUAUUACCCUCUUUUUGAAAGAAAUAAUCAGAAAUGGAAAUUUAUUCGUGAUUCCCAGCUCUGCAGCGAAACGCAAACUUUAUUCUACAAGUACAUUAAUAUAUAAAAAGUAAAAUAUGGAUUUAAGAAAUUUGUCUAUUACAUUAUUGUAUGAGCUUUUUUUUCUGCAAGGGUUAAAUUACUUUCCGUGCUUUUUGUAUAAAAAAUUAGAAACUUUUAAUGAAUCGAUCAAUUAACAUUUUGAUAAUUUCGUUAACUUACCCGAUUGCGAAGUUGUUUUCAUUUUGUCUUGAAAUAUUCAGUAGUUAUUUCGCAUUAUCUGUGUUUCGUAAUAUUUCCUAUUUGCUUCAGACAAAAUUUGUUUUCUCGAGAAACAAAGCAAUUUAUAUAUCAACUAAGGAAAUAGCGCCUUAUUUAGAACAGCUCGUUAUUGACUGUCGCUAAUUCUAUUGUUACUUAGGACUUGCGAAUAUCGCUCAUCUCGAGGGUUUAUUUAACAGUAUGUCACGUGAUCAUUUGUCACAUCAAUGCGUGUGUGUAAUUAAACAAGCUUUAAUAAGCGUAUAAUAAAAUACCUCAAAGAAUGA